AAACGAAAGUUAACUUUACCGACCCGCUGCUACUUUACCUCAUUUUCAUUCGCUCUAAUAUUAAGCAUUACAGCAGAUAUAAAAGAUUAACAGUGAGCUUUAUAGCCGAGAUCACAAUGGCGCAAUAUAGAGCUUCUGACCCCAAGAGAGAGAGUUUCAGAAGAUAUUUAGAGAAAACUGGAGUCACUGACAGUCUCACCAGUGUUCUCGUGACUCUGUAUGAGCAACAAGACAAGCCUGCCAACGCUCUUGAAUUUGUAAAGCAGCAGCUUGGAGCUGUUAGCCUGAUGUCAACAGACACUGAGGCUCUGCAGCAGGAAGUGAACGACCUCAGACAGAGAUGUGCACGUUUGGAGGACGAAAACGAAGACCUCAAAGCUAAGCUCCAGAAAUAUGAGCCGGCUUCAAAGGAUGGAGGCGCUGCCAACUAGACAUCAAGAACAAACCAGUCUGUUGUUUUUUGUUUUUUUGAUAAACAUAUUUGUUUACGCUGCUGUUGAUUUAAAGAUAGAACAACUCUGUAAAAGGUGAAGCUGAAUUGUUUUAUGUGGCUGAUCUGUAAGUCUCUUUCUUAUAAUAUAACUUAUUCUGUAUAUGUCUGUAUAUAGUUUUCUGGACUGUUUAUUCUUUAGUAAAGUAACUUGGUUCGAAUUCUGCACUUUUUUAUGAUCUACUUGAAGGAAAAUGUUUCUUCUUAAAAUGGGAAAUCAUGUUGUUUCCCCAACA